GGAAGGGGAUUUGUCGACCAUCGAUUCCGAAAGACCUUACCAAUAUUUUAACUCUCGGUGUAGGUGAACUUGUUUGACUGUCAUUCUAUAAAUUAAAGCUAGUUACUCCAGUAUAUUUUCAUUUCCAUUUCACAAUAUAAUUCUUUGCACAAACUGUCGUUAUAUAUUGCGAGGAAAUUCGGAAACAUUGAUCCGGGUCCUUUCGGAUCUCUUUCACUUCACACAGGCACGUACUGACGACAUACACUUCUCACAAGAUGUGUGAUGAUUGCCUGCAUCCUUUUAUCGGUAUGCUCGUCACUGAUUGAAACUGGAUUAUGGCCACGAAGGUUGUAUAUUUUACCGUUGAUGGAAAGCCAGAGCAGGCCGAAUUUAGGUCGGAUGAUACGGCUGACGAACUGAAAGAAACAUUUCGUGCAGCUGCUGAAGCCAAUUCCGAUGACAUUCUGAAGCUAUACAACACAAAAGGCAACCUUGUCAACAUCUCUCCGAAAUUACCCGAGAACACCCCAGACACGAGAUACAAGUUGGAGGUGGUGGCCUUGCACUGUAAUGACAAUGUCUUGACAACACAGUUCGGGGCAGUGAUCGUUAAUUUGGAAUCAAGGAUAGAAAUGUUGGAAAAGAAAGUCUUUGUGGAAAAUGGUGAGAUUCCACCAGUGAUAGGGGAACUAAAACACAAAGUGGAAAACUUUCGAGAAAAGCUGGAAAAUGUGGAUCAUUUGAGCUGGUUAGGACUAUUCAAAGAUAUAUCUUGUGGGACCUCACUAAGACCUUUCUGGGACAAGUCACAAUCAAUAAAGAAGACAGAUGAACACAUCAGAAAUGUAUAUGAAAAGUUCAAAAAGAUCAGUCAAGUUCAAGUCACCGAUGAAGUGCGGGAGUAUCUUAGGAAACCAACGUUUGAUAACUGGCAAUGGGACGAUCCAGAAAUGAUAAUCUUGCUGCGACAAAUGUACAUAGACCUUGAUCUCAUCUCCAGAUUCAAUAUAGAGAUGAAUGUUUUGCAUCAGUGGCUCUAUGAGAUAUACAAGAACUAUAAUCAAGUGCCUUUUCACAAUUUCAAACACUGUUUCAUGGUAGCCCAAAUGAUGUAUGGUUUGACCUGGCUUAUUGACCUCCGAUCGGUGCUAGAUGAUGUUGAUAUUUUUAUACUCCUCACCUCUGCAAUAUGUCACGAUUUGGACCAUCCAGGGUACAAUAAUGCAUAUCAAAUAAAUGCUAAGACGGAGCUGGCUCUACGAUACAAUGAUAUUUCUCCCUUGGAGAAUCACCACUGCUCUGUAGCUUUUGAGAUCCUCCAGAAAAGUCAUUGUAAUAUUCUACGCAACGUCUCCAAAGAAGAAUAUAAACGGAUACGAGAGGGAAUGAUCCGGUGUAUUUUGGCAACAGAUAUGGCCAAGCAUAAUGAAAUACUCAAUAAUUUUAAAUCGGUGAUAAAAAGCUUUGAUUUUAAGAAUCAGGAACACAAGUCUUUGCUUCUGAUGAUUUUGUUAAAAGUGGCAGACAUUUCAAAUGAAUGCCGACCCAUGGAUGUAGCUGAGCCAUGGCUUGAGUGUCUUCUUCAAGAGUUUUUCAAUCAGAGUGACGUGGAAAAACUGGAAGGAUUACCUGUGGCCCCAUUCAUGGACAGAGAGAAAGUGACCAAAUCAUCGUCACAAAUAGGAUUUAUCAAAUUCGCAUUGCUGCCCUUAUUUGAGGCUCUGAGGGAGCUUUUCCCUGUAAUUGAGAAAGACAUUAUUGAACCUGUGAGGGCAGCCCUUGAAUACUACACCGACAUGCAGAAGGCAUUAGAAGAAGAGAAAAGGAAAGGAAGAGAGGCUGUCAAACAGAGAAUGGAUAAAGAAGUCAUCAAGAGCAAGAUACAGACAUGAUAGAAGUCUUGUGAACAAGGGUAGUUUAUAGAAAUAGCCAAAGAUACAGGCGUGAUGGAGGGCUUGUGAACAAGGGUAGUUAAUAGAAACAGCCAAAUCUGUUGUAUUCCUAGAAAGAUUAAGAAAAUUCUAAAUUUUUAAAAAUAUUUUAUACUCAUGAAAUACCUCACUUUUGAAGUUGGUAAUCAACAGCUGUAAAUGUUUUUGGUUGGGUUUUUUUUUUUUUGCAGUCUGAAUUUUAGUCGUAUAUGUUUGAUGCUUUUGAAACUGUUGUAUUUUUCAUUGAGUAAAUUGGUUAGAAUACAAGUAUAUUGCACUGGAUUUAAGAAAUGCAUGAGACUUGGGAUUUGAAGUAAUUUAUAGUUAAUUAUGGAUUACAUAAAUUCCUGAUAUGGAGAAGAAAAAUUAUGAUUGUAAAUUUUAGCAAAUUCUUAAUAGUUCUGAAAAAGGAAACAAUCAUAUUUGUUUCUUUAUAUUGAACAUAUACAUGUAUAUGUUGAUAUUGUUGUUGAAAUGCUUUAACAAUUACUGAUUUUUUUACAUGCUCCAAAAUAUUCUUCCAAUGUGUUCAAAGAUUGUUUUCUGUUUUACUAUUUUUUAGUCUGUCUGCUAAUUAAUGUUUAUAUAUAUAUAUAUACAUAUAUAUAUACAUUGUAUAUAUUCAGGAAAUUCUUUUGAACUCAAGAACUGCAAUAUGUGUUUUGGCAAGAUUUGAUCUUGACAUGAACACCAAAUUGAUAGCAAUUUUAUUGUAUGUCAAGGAAUAGAUCUUUCUUCUUUUGUACAUCAGUUUAUUUUUUGCAAUUUUGAAAUCAUUGAAUCGUGAGAAGAAUUUUUUUUUUUAAGAAUUCCGAAUUCAUACAUUUUGCAAAAUGAAUCUGAAUCUCAAGUUGGUUAAUUCAUUGGCAUAUUCACUUGUUUUCAUAUUCUUGCUUCUCUGCAUGUAUUUAAAUUGGUUUUCUUCAUUUCCUGUGAUUUGUUAAUAUCAGGUGUGUUGGUAGAAAGGGGAUUAAAUUUGAAUUUUUAUUUACUUUUGAAAAGUGCAUUUUAGAUAUGACUCUUAUUUCUCUGAUAGACAUUUGUAGAAAGAAAACAUUUCAAUUGUUAUAUUCUAUUGUAGGGCACAAUUUUAUUAUUAGAAUGACCAAAAUACAUGUACAUGUAUUUUUAUACAAGUACAUGUAUACUGUACAUUAAAUAACUGUGUUCUCUCUAUAUCACCAGAUUUUUGUGUAGAACUGGAAACUGGAGAAAACAUAGGUAGCAUGAAUGUGAUAUCUGGCAAUUUAGUUGUGUUUCACACAUUUAUACCUUAGAUUUUAUAUUAUUUAUACUUAAUUAUCCGGUAAUAGCAUAUUUUGUUUUUCUUUGAAUAAAGUAUUUGUUUAUUGUUA